AUGAUUUUGAUUCUUAUUGGGCGAAUUGUUGAAGGUACUGGUGUUGGUUGUUCUUCAUUUUCCUGCCCUUUAUACGCUUCAGAAAUAGCACCAACGAAUCUGCGUGGAAUGCUUUCUGGUUUUAUGCAAAUGACUGUAGUCAUUGGAUUGUUCGCUGCUAAUAUAGUAAAUAUUUUAUUACAAAAUCAUAAAUGGGGCUGGCGAUUAUCAAAUGGCAUUAUUUUAAUUGCUCCAAUUACAAUUAUUAUUGGUAUAUUUUUUUGUCCUGAAACUCCGCGAUGGUUGUACAAGAAUAAGGAUCGUGAGUCAGCCGAGAAAAGUUUGAAGCGCAUUCGUAGAAUGGAUGAUGUAACUGCUGAAUUAGACGCUAUUUCUGAUGCCAUAGAAGAAGAAGGUAAUCAGGUUUCAUGGAAAGAACUAUUCACAAAAAAAAAGAUGCUCGAAAGACUCGGCGUUGGUAUGGCCAUGCAUAUUUUACAACAGGCAACGGGUAUUAAUCCUAUAUUUACAUUUGGUGGUAUUAUUUACGAAAGUGUGCUUGGAAAGGGUAUCAUUUCAUUAUUGGUUUUAUCUGGCACAAAUUUACUAAGUACAAUACCAGCUCUAUUUUUGGUUGAUAGACUAGGACGUCGAAAGCUUCUCAUAAUUUGUGGCCUAGCUAUGGUAGUUGGUCAUCUUGUAGCAGCAACAAUAUUUGUUACAGGUUGCGAUGUAGCCACAUCUAUAAUCAAUGGAACUACACAAAGUCAAGAAACUGUGGAUUGUAAAACGAGUUCUGGUAUACUAAUGCUUGUUGCUACUGCUGUUUUUGUAGCAUUUUUUGCACUUUCUUGGGGACCAAUCGCCUGGAUUUAUGCAGCUGAGAUCUUUCCUCUUAACGUUAGAGCUAGAGCUGUUUCAUUAACCACAGGUAGCAACUGGUUUAUGGGUACAGUUAUGUCUUACAUAUUGGAGUUAAUAGCACCUAUAGGAAUUCAUGGAGUCUUUUAUCUUUUUAGUGGUUUGACUUUAUUAGCUGUAGUUUUCGUAUAUCUUUUUUGUCCAGAAACAAGAAGAGUUUUACUGGAAGAUGUUGAAGAACAGUUUGAUAAUUUUCAAUUGAAGAACAGAACAGUAUUAAAACUAUUAUGGAAACCAUGCCAAAAGAAGAGAAAAAAAACGAUGCAAGUAAACGUUAUUGAAAUGCAAUCAUAA